AUGUCAAGUCUUAAAAAUAUUUCAAAAUGCAAUAGUGAGACAGUUUCUAAUUUGAUUAUUCAAUCAAUUCAAGAGAAUGGUCUUGAUAUUACUAAAUGCAUCUUAUUGAUUACUGAUAAUACAGCCUAUAUGUCAAGUAAUAAAAAUGGUGCUGUUUCUCUUUUUAAUAAAAAAACUGAUACAAGUGCCUUUCAAAUUGGUUGCAGCCUUCAUAUUAUGCAAAUUGUUCUUAAUCAUUUUGAACAAGAAGCAUUUGAUCAAAUGGAUAAUGUGUAUAAUAAGCGCCACCUUUUUGAGGUGUACUCUUCAGAAGAAGAGAUAGAUGAUAUUAAUGAAUUACAAGAUAAAUAUGAAUAUGAAAGUGUGUCUAGCAAAGAAGAAUAUUCAUUAUUUAGUAUUGAGGCUGGAGAUGUGUUUGAAAGCUGGGAUUUGGCUGAGAAACAAGUUCAAAGCUCUGCAAAAAAUACUGGCUUUGAAGUGAAGAAAUUUCAGCUUGAAAAAAACAAAGAAGGUGAGAUUGUACGUCGAACCUUCAAGUGUAAGUUUUCAGGAGUAUAUCAUCUUACUGGUAGCCUUGUAUAUGUUAUCUCAUUAUGCAACGAACAUAACCACUUUUUUGUUAAAAAGGAAAAUUUAGUAUCAAAUCGUCAUCUUGGUCCAGAAAUUCUUAAAGAGAUUGAAUUUCUCGUAAAUAUUGGCUGUAGAGCAGGUCCAAUUAUCCUCGCACUUCAAAAACAUUUUCCUAAAAUAGUAAUACACCCAAAAUAUAUAUAUAAUGCAAUUUGUCACAUUCAGAAUAGUCAGAAUAAAUCAAAAACAGAUGCUGCCGAAACGUUUGAAAAAUUAAUGAAAUUACAACUAGAUAAUCAUGUACGCUCGCGUAUAGUUACAACUGCCAUUGUAUCAGAAGAAACUAAAGAAACCUAUCAGUGGAUUCUGAAAUGUUUACUGUCUGCUACAGACAAUCUUGCGCUAAACGUUUUAUUCACUGAUGCAGACCCCGCGAUAGUUUUAGCUAUUCAUGAAACAUUGCCAUCAACAAAGUAUAAUUACUGUAUCUGGCACCUUCGCAAAAACCUUGACAAAAAUCUGAGAGGUCAGCUCCAUAAAAAUUACAAUGAAUUUGUAAAAGCGUGGAAUAAAUACCAGAAUUUCUUCUUAGAAAAUGAAUUUCAAAAACAAUGGCAUAAACUUCUUACUAGUUAUCCGACGGCAAAAAAAUACCUAACUCUCAAAAGUUCAGCAACAUUGUUUGAAUUGGAUACACAUAUCCAAUCACUUCUCAACAAAGAACAACAAUUUGAACAGCAUGAACAAUCAAAUCAAAAUUCAACAGUUGGUUUACCAAACGUUGUCAGAAGAUACUUCAAAAGAAUAGAUGCUAUCAUCAAAAAAUUUCUUACUCCUCGUGUUUUAAAGAUGCAGCACAAUCAAAUGAAUGAGAGUUUACUUUAUUGUGUAGAUAAAGUAGAGAAUUGGAAGGAUUUGCUUGAAAAUGAGAUUGUCGAACAAGAUGAAGAUGGUGAAGAUGGCGAAGAACAACAAUCUGAUGAUGAAGAACAAUCUGACAAUAAAGAACAAUCCGAUGAUGAAGAAUAA